AUGCCUGAUGUCUCUGGUGCUACAUCUGCUUCUAAUCCCAACUUCACAAAGACAUUUAUAGAACCAUUUAACAAUUAUGAAACUCCUUUAACUUGCAAGCGAAAUAGAGAGAAAGACCAGUGUGACAAUCAACCUUAUUAUGAUCCAAUUAAGUUGAACACUUUUCCUCCUGAAAUACUACAACUAAUAUUCGAUCAAAUUGAUUCUUAUUCUCCACAAUAUACCAUCAAUCUGGCAAAUAUCAUUGAAGCAUUAAACUGUGAGAGGACCACUUACUUAUAUCCAAAUCUAAUAAAUGAUUUGAAAAAUAAAUUCUUUCUUUUAAAUCUGACCAAACUAUCAAAAGAAGAAUUGUUAUCAAAGGAAUUAAUCAAGUUAUUGUUUAAUGAUUCAAAUAAUAACUUUAAUGUAGAAACUGACCCUCAAAAAUCUUUCAUAUUGGAACGAAAUGAAUUGAAAUUAUCCUCAAAUUUACAAGAGGAAAAUGGUACCAAGAAAAUCUUAUACAUAAUAGAUGAUUCAAUACUCAGUAAGGAAGGAGAAGAUACUCAAACAAAUAAUAACAAGAUACCUUUAUUCCAAAAACCAAUCGAUUUAAUAUAUUUACCAAAGAAUCAAAUCAAUUUUGAUUCCAAAAAUGAUUCUAUUAUUCCAAUUUUACAAAGUUUACCCCUAGGUAUAUCAGUUAAUAACUUAAUAUUCGAUUUUGCUUCUUCUUCUUCUUCUUCUUCAACUUCACAAAAUCAUCAUGACAUGACAGUUUAUGCUGGUAAAAAAUUGUUUGGUUUAUUAGAUUUCGAAUUUUUCUCCUUUAGACAAAAUAAUUUAAAUGAUAGAUACCCAGAAUUCUUUAUGUCAAAUUCUUCGACUCAAAAUUCUUGGUUACAUCCAAGAAUUAACCAAAUUUCAUUCCCCUUCAUUGAAACUUUAUUAAUGGAUUAUAUGACCAUCGAUACUUUCAUUUAUAACAUUUUGACAAAUUUAUCUGAAAUGUUCCCGUACACUACAACAAACUCUGAUAAUAAUCAGUUCUUAUCACCUUCAUUAUAUUCUACUCAUUCAAACGCAUCUUCAAACCAUGACUAUUAUUUCCAAGAACAUGAUAAUAUCGAUAGCCAAGAUCAUAAUCAUCACAAUCGUAAUCAUAAUGAAUCUUGUAUCCAAUCAAUAUUUAAAGAAUUUUUAAAAAAUGUGAAAUUCUAUUUCCCAGAUUUAAAAUCAUUAAAAUUUAUUCAAAAGAAAAAAUCAUAUAUUACGAAUGGAAACUACGAAGAAACAUGCAAUUUUAUUGAUUUAUCAACUUUAAUGUUACAAAAAUUUAAAUCAAAUAAUAUACCAUUGAUUUACCUUUUCCAAUUACAUUCUUUGAAAAAUUGGUAUAUACCCAAGAUUAAACAUUUUACAGGACAUAGAUUUAAAUUUAAUGAAACAACAAUGACAGGAUCUCCAGAAAGAUAUAAUUCAAAAUUAAUUGAAAAUUUAGAUUUCUUACAUUCAAUGAUCGCUACUGAAACUAACGAUGCGACUCCUUAUUUUAGAAUAAACUUAAUUCCAGAAGGUGUAAUACGGACUAAGAUAUUAAAUUGGAUCCCAUUAUCAAUUAAUGAUUCAUACCACUUAAAUUCAUAUGGGAAAGAGCCGAAUACUACUACUACUACGAAUAGUACCACUGAAAAUAAUAACAAUGAUAACUAUAGAGACACUUUCCAAAAUAAGACUCUAUCUGUAAAUUCUCACGAUGAUCUGAAUAAUAAUAACGAAACAAUAUCAUUUAGUAAUAAUAAUAAACCAUUUUUCUGUUUAAAAUCCAAAUCUUUACAAGUUUUAGAAUUGAAAUUCUUAAAUGGGUUAACAAAUUUGAAAAUUAUUAACAUUCAAGGACUGUACUUAUCAAAUUUACAAAAAAUAAUAUUAAAUAAUGAUAAAUUCAAACUUUCAAAACCAAUCAUCUCAGAUAAAAGAAAUUCAAUUAUAAUGAUUAAUUCAAUGGAAGCAAAUAAUGAAUUUAUACCAAUCGAAUUCUCAAAUUGGAAUGAUUUGACCUCAUGUACUGAAUUGAAUUUCACAUCUUCUUCAUCAUCUUUAAACAAAGUAAAUCAAAAUAGCAAUACAAAAUCAAAUUUGAUCUUCUGUAUCAAAAAUUUAAAAGAAAAUUUGCCAAAUUUGAAAUUUAGGGAAAGUUUUGAAAAUUUCUUCGAUGAAAGGCAAAAAUUCAUCGUAGUUUAA